GAAGAAGAAGAAGACAAUGUGAUGUCAUCACAGCGCGACAUUCAGCUGUUUACGCAGUUGAUUGUUUAGUGGGAUUUGUCGGAGUUUUGCUCUACAGAGUUUGAUUUGAAUAAAGUUUUUAGAAACACAUGACGACCACCUGGACCCGACAGAGUCCCGGACCAGCAGCGAGCCGUCUGUGAGCCGCAUCAGUGUGUCCUUUUGUGGGGCUCUCUCCGUGUAUCGGACGGUGUUAGCAGCAGGCUAGCUGUUAGCUUCGUUAGCUCAGAGUUUCUGGGAUAAUCCGGGGUUUCCGUCAUGGAGUAUCCCGGAGGAGGGGCGGCGGUGCUCAGCAGCGGGACCGUCCCGGCCUUUCUCACCAAACUGUGGACCCUGGUGGAGGACCCGGACACGGACCCGCUCAUCUGCUGGAGCCCGAGUGGGUCCAGUUUCCAUGUGUUCGAUCAGGGUCGGUUCUCCAAAGAAGUUCUACCAAAGUUCUUCAAACACAACAACAUGGCGAGCUUCAUCAGACAGCUCAACAUGUACGGGUUCCGUAAGGUGGUUCACAUCGAGCAGGGCGGUUUGGUGAAACCUGAGAGAGAUGACACCGAGUUCCAACAUCCAUUCUUCAUCAGAGGACAAGAACACCUGCUGGAGAACAUUAAACGCAAAGUCACCACCGUGUCGUCAGUGCGUCAGGAGGAGGUGAAGGUGUCAUCAAACGAGGUGAACAAGAUCCUGACUGACGUGCAGGUGAUGAAGGGAAGACAGGAAACCAUCGACUCCAGGAUCAUCGCCAUGAGACAUGAGAAUGAGGCUUUGUGGAGAGAAGUUGCCAGCCUGAGACAGAAACACACUCAGCAACAGAAGGUCGUCAACAAGUUGAUACAGUUCCUGGUGUCUCUCGUCCAGACUAACAGGAUUUUGGGGGUGAAGAGGAAAAUGCCUCUGAUGCUGAAUGACUCAAGCUCCGCCCACUCCAUGCCUAAAUACAGUCGGCCAUUGUCAUUGGAGCACAUGCAGGCAGCAGCCAGUUUGUUCUCAGCAACCUCCCCGGUGACUUCCGGACCAGUCAUAUCCGACAUCACAGACUUAGCCACGCCCACUGCACAGGAUGUGGUCAGUGAUUGGACAGAGGCAGGAGAAAGCCAAUCAGGUGUCAAGCAGGAGCCGUCCAGCCCUGAUGAGGAGGUGGUUUCUGUGCUUGAAGGUGGAGCUACACAAGCAGACACACCCCUCUCCCCCACCACCUUCAUCAACUCCAUCCUACUGGAGAGCGAGACACAGCCAACGCCCAGCAGCUCCUCCCCCACAACAGUCAGCCCCGUUAUUCUGCUGAGCCCUGUCUCCACUGGGCCAGUCCCACCAACAUCAGGCAGCCAAUCACCUUCUUCCACCCGAAGCUCAGACUCCACACCUCGCAACACUAAAGCUCAACAAGAAUGUCAGACCAUCGCCUGUAUCGACAGGCCCUGCCCCCCUCCUUCUGCAGGUGGACAUUCACCUGAUGUUUGGCACUUCCUAUCAACAGGGUCGGAGCUGUCAGAACAUGUGGACAGUAUUGACAACAGUCUGGAGAACCUGCAGAGCAUCCUGAACACUCAAAGCUUCAGCUUCGACACGUCUCCACUCAUGGAGUUCUUCAGUUCUACCUGUCCGUCUGGAGACUUCGACCUGGACUGUUUGGACACUCUGCUGUCCGAGGACGCCCCUAAAGGAAGUGAUGCAGGCCACACCAACCACACAGGGAAGCAGCUGGUGCAGUACACGUCCCCACCUGUCCUGAUGACUGAGCCAAUCAGCUUGGGGGAGGGAGCCGAUCUGCCCUCCUUGCUGGAGCUGGAGACGGAGCCUUAUUUAAGCUCUGACCCGCCAACUGAUGACCCAACGUUUGACCUUCUUAGCCACGCCCACAUUGACUCUGACCUCUGACAUCGCCAAAAGUGGGAGGGACAUGGCUUGGGAUUUAUCAGUUACAAUAGCAACAGGACAGCAGCAGCAAUAGAUUAAGAUAAAGGGGAUUGAUUAGGUGUCAAUCAAACAAUCAAUCAAAAGUUAGGUGAUAUUAUGCAGAAGUUAUUGAUCCCUUCUCUUCUACUCUUUUAUUCUAGUCUUUGUUUCUUCUACUCUUUUAUUUUAGCUCAUAUUUCUUUUUCUGCUUUCCUGUUUGUGUUUUCGAAGAUCUGGGGUCACAUCUGUAACAAACAGCAGUGAGGUCAUUGUGGAAGAUGUCAUUGGAUCAUGUGACACAGCUGUUCUGUGUUCUGCAUGCUGAUUGGUUGUCUUUGUUUUGAAGUGUUAAAUGUAUCUAAAGAAAAAACUAUUUUUUGAAAAGUUUAUUAUGAAUGAGUGACCCCUUUUACCAUGGAGACGAUCAAUAAUAAACAGUUUGUUUAUCA